UUUAGAAAACAAGAAGGGAGAGAACCAAACAUCAAAUUUCCGGUUUCACUGAUUUCUCUAUCUAUAUAUUUAUUUUUGGGUCCCAAAUUCUGAGGAGGUGUUCUUUUUAGCACCUCUUCGGAUUUUUCCCCUUACCUUAUUUCUCUCUCCAAAGUUUCGCUCCCUUUCUCUCAUGGCGUCCGAUGCUUUCACUGAUAGGGAUGCUGUUUUCAAAAAGCUGAAAUCAAAGUCUGAUAACAAGAUUUGUUUCGACUGUAACUCAAAGAACACGAGUUGGGCAUCGGUUACUUAUGGCAUAUUCCUCUGCAUUGAUUGCUCCGCUGCUCAUCGGAAUCUAGGUGUUCAUAUCAGCUUCGUUAGGUCAACAAAUUUAGACUCAUGGACUUCUGAGCAGUUGAAAAUGAUGAGUUUUGGAGGAAACAAUCGCGCACAUGUUUUUUUUAAGCAGCAUGGGUGGACUGACGGUGGCAAAAUUGAGGCUAAGUAUACAUCAAGAGCUGCUGAUUUAUACAGGCAGCUACUUUCAAAAGAAGUUGCUAAAAGUAUGGCAGAUGAGGCAGGCUUACCUUCAUCGCCUGUUGCUUCUCAAUCAGGACAAGCAUCUAAUGGACUUUCCAACAUUAAGAUUAGUGAAGCUCCAAAAGAAAACUCCUUAGGAAAGCAGGAGCCACCUGAGGUUUCUGUCUCACCAAAAGUUUCUCAUACAGUUGUUAGUACUGUGAAGAAGCCUCUUGGUGCCAGAAAAACUGGGAAGACUGGGGGUCUUGGUGCUCGAAAACUUACUACAAAGCCAAAUGAAAAUCUUUACGAUCAGAAGCCAGAAGAGCCUGUUGCUCCUGUUUCCACUUCAAGUAACACCACCCCUACUGCAGGAUCAUCUUUUGCGUCUCGGUUUGAGUAUGUAGAAAGUGUUCCAUCUGCUGAGACAAAUUCUAGUGGUGCCCAUGUCAUUAGUCAUGUUCUUCCACCAAAAGCAUCAAGCUUUUUUGCAGAUUUUGGUAUGGAUAGUGGCUUUUCCAAGAAAGCUAGUUCAAACUCUUCGAAAGUGCAAGUUCAGGAAACUGAUGAAGCAAGAAAGAAGUUUUCAAAUGCAAAAUCAAUUUCAUCUGCCCAAUUUUUUGGAGAUCAGGCCAAAGCUGAUGCUGAUAGUCAAGUCUCCUUGCAGAAGUUUUCAGGAUCAUCUGCCAUAUCUAGUGCUGAUCUUUUUGGUAACGGCUCAGAUAAUUCUGCACUUGAUAUUACUACAAGUGAUCUCAUCAAUCGUAUAUCUUUCCAGGCGCAACAGGAUAUAUCAUCUCUUAAAAACAUUGCUGGUGAGACUGGGAAGAAGCUUAGCUCCUUGGCAUCCACUUUAAUUACAGAUUUUCAGGACAGAAUCCUGUGAUUUUAGUAUGGUUUUUGUGCAUUUGUUACGGUACCAGCCACUUUUAUAUUAGUGAAUGUAAAGAAGACUUGUCAUUACAAAAAGAAGAAAAAAAAAUUCUUUCAAAAAAGACACCAAAAUAAUUUACUGUUGGUAUUAUCAACACCGUGCUUUGAGAAUGUUUUGUAGAAGAGCUAUUGUGUAUGUGUUAAAGAUUGAUGUCUUUUAGUUUUCAUCUUUUACUUUAGCAAAGUUGAUCAGUUUGUAAGCCAACUUAAGUCUUACUGCUCUGUUUCCAGAGAGUAGAAAAACUUUCAUCUUAUCUUUGACUUCCAAUCCUGGGGCAAACAUGGCAAUAAAUCUUUGCACUGUGCUUGUUUUGGGCCGGAAAAUAUUCUAUUAUAAAUUACAUUAAAAAAAAUAUCCUUUA